AUGGUCCGUUACGCCGCCCAGGAGAUUCAGAACGCGAAGAGCGCCCGCGCCCGGGGCUCUUACCUCCGCGUCAGCUUCAAGAACACCCGUGAGACUGCUCAGGCUAUCAACGGCAUGAAGCUGCAGAAGGCUCUUACCUACCUCGACAACGUCACCAAGAAGUCCAUGGCUGUUCCCAUGCGCCGCUACGCUGGCUCUACCGGUCGCACCGCUCAGGGCAAGCAGUUCGGUGUCUCCAAGGCCCGCUGGCCCGUCAAGUCCGCCGAGUACCUGCUCGACCUCCUCAAGAACGCUGAGGCCAACGCCGACACCAAGGGUCUCGACACCAGCAACCUGGUCGUCCAGCGCAUCCAGGUCAACCAGGCUCCCAAGGGCCGCCGCCGUACUUACCGUGCCCACGGUCGUAUCAACCCUUACAUGACCAACCCCUGCCACAUCGAGCUCAUCCUCACCGAGGCCGAUGAGGAGGUCAAGAAGGCCCCUGCCAAGGAGGUCGGUCGUCUGUCUUCCCGCCAGCGUGGCGCUCAGAUCCGCCAGGCUCUUAUUGAGGCAUAA